AUGGGCAACAAUAAUUCAUCCUCCAUUUCUUCUUCUUCUUGGAGCCCGCGUGCUUGGUUGGGAAGUUCCAUUCCCUGCUUGAAACCCAAAAGAGAGCACAAACUUUUAAUCCAUGGAUUGGAUUCUUCUGGAAAGACCACCUUGCUGUAUCGUCUCAAGAUGGGUGAGGUUGUGACAACCAUACCCACCAUUGGAUUCAAUGUAGAGACACUGAAAUUCGAGGGCCGUGAAUUUGUGGCCUGGGAUGUUGGUGGACGGGACAAGAUACGACCACUGAUGAGGCAUUACUAUCCCGGGACCGAUGGCGUCAUUUUCAUGGUGGAUUCCAACGACGAGGAUCGCAUGCAACAGGCCAGGGACGAGUUUUACAGACUCGUUACUGAUGAAUUGAUGGAAAACAAGCCUGUCCUGUUGCUUUGCAACAAGCAAGAUCUGCCCAAUGCGUGGUCCCCUGAACGGGUGGCCGCGUUCUUUGGAGUGGAAACAGCCAACAAAACUACAAGGAUGGUCCAUGUCCUUGGUUGUGUUGCCACAAAGGCAGAGAAUGUCUGGGAAGGUUUGGAAUGGUUGGCCAUGGCCAUUGAAAGUGAUGGUGCUAAGGAUGGCGAAGAAUCAGACACCGAGGAAGAGCAACUCGAGGAGGAGACAGAGGACCUGGCCACCGUCGCUCACCCAGAGAAGCGGAAGCGGAGCCACGACCCAACAGCUCCUGCAAAUCCCACCCUAAAGCACUUCCAACCAAUCAAGCAGGGCACAAUGUGUCCCUUUGCCAAAGCUGCCAAGCUUUGGGGUGGAAUAAGCCAGAAACAUACCUUGGAUGCCAAAGAAUUGGCCAGUUCGCAUGCCGAGGCACUCACCAAGUUCGUCCGUUGUAGUGAUAGUCAAAAGCUGGAUGGAUUUUGCAUGGAGCUAGGAGAUCCACGAGCACAAAGUGCAGACCCAGAAGAUGUUGGAGCCUGCGUGAAGGAAAUGUUAACCUUGCUGUCUGAUCUAGACCCAGCCAAGGAACACGUGAUGAGUGUCAACUACGUUGGCUCGCGGGCCUGA